AUGUGAGCAGCUAGACUAGCAGUCAAUAAUCUGGUGUAAGCAGUUUUACUGUGCAGUCUACGUUGUUUAUUGUAUCAUUGUUACUUAGGUGGGCCUCUGGUGGGACUGUCAUUAGCUGUUUAGUUGGGACCAAGUGGCAACAUUUAGAGAGAAAAAGGCUGAAGUUAGAGGAAAGCUAACCCGCUAACUUAGCUACAAGUGGCAGCAUGGCAGCUGUACUGGAGCUGGUCGCUGGGAGCUACGAGCAGGUCACUUUUGGAUACAGAGUGAAAACUGAUGAAAAAGAGUGGACGUCCAAGGCAGACUUCACACAUCAUGCCCACACUGCUUCAAUAUCAGCUGUGGCAGCCAGUGAGAGGUUUGUUGUCACAGGAAGCAAAGAUGAGACUAUCCAGCUGUAUGACAUGAAGAAGAAAAUCGAACACGGAGCUCUGCUGCACCAUGAUGGCACCAUCACCUGCCUCGAGUUUCAUGGAGCUCAUUUACUGAGCGGAGGAGAGGAUGGACUGAUAUGUGUGUGGAGCACGAAGAAGUGGGAGUGUCUGAAGUCUAUCAAAGCUCACCAAGGUCACGUCACAUCGCUGUCCGUCCAUCCUUCUGGGAAACUUGCUCUCUCGGUUGGGACAGAUAAAACGCUCAGGACGUGGAAUCUAACCAACGGAAGAUCAGCCUUCAUCAAAAACAUCAAACAGAAUGCACACAUUGUCAGGUGGUCUCUAGAUGGGGAUAAAUAUGUGGUCGUUGUAAAUGAUGUGGUGACUGUCUACAACCUGGAGACGGCCUCUGUGACGGGGACGAUCCAAAACCCAAAGAGAAUCUCGUCUGUUAAGUUCUUAAAUAACUCCAUCCUGGCUGUUGCAGGCGAUGAUGAAACAGUGAGGCUAUGUGAUGUGGAAAAGGAGAAAUGGGUGUGUGAAUUCAAGGCUCAUGAAACCAGGGUGAAAGCUGUUGACAGUUUCAACAUGGAGGAUUACUGCGUGUUGGUGACGGCUUCAAACGACGGAUUCAUCAAAAUGUGGAAACUCCAUCUGAAAGAGGAGCUCGAGCCUCCCACUCUCCUGGGGGAAGUGAGCACAACAGCCAGACUGACGUGCCUUGCCGUGUGGAAACCUUCAUCAGUUAAGCAGAUCACUGAAGAACCAGCAACUAAGGCCACGACAUCUGAAGAAGUCGCUCAGGAGCUUUUAAAGACGAAGAGAGUGCGGAUAGCCACAGAACAAGUCAUCCUAGAAGAUGAGAGCAAACCCAAAAAGAAGAAAAAGAAUAACAAAUAAAAAAUGUUUUAUUACCCAUGGACUGUUUUCAUCUGGACUUAUCUGGUGUAUUGUGCUUUUGCGUUUGGUUAAUACAAAGAGGCAAUGAAGCCUUGUUCUACAGCUUAAAAAAUAUGUGUGCUGCCAAAAACUGA